UCCAACAAGGCAACACUGGCUACCUUGCGUGCGGGAUUUGUUUAUAAUUUUUAGUCAUGCAGUUCCACUUUAAAAUCGCGGACGCUGAAAGGGAUAGGGACAAUGUGGCGGCGCCCAGCAACCUUGGCGCCAAUCCACACGCCGCACUGCAGCCGCAGCAACCUGUCGGACUGGUGGAGCCAAAGGAUGCACAGCAUGAGAUUAGGCUGCAGAAUAUAGUGGCCACCUUCUCGGUGAACUGCGAACUGGACCUCAAGGCAAUCAACUCGCGCACUAGGAACUCGGAGUACUCCCCCAAGCGAUUCAGGGGCGUCAUUAUGCGAAUGCACUCGCCCAGGUGCACGGCCCUUAUCUUUCGGACGGGCAAGAUUAUCUGCACGGGUGCCCGCAACGAGAUCGAGGCAGACAUCGGUUCCCGGAAGUUUGCUCGCAUCCUGCAGAAGCUGGGAUUCCCUGUGAAGUUUAUGGAAUACAAGUUGCAGAACAUUGUGGCCACAGUGGACUUGCGAUUUCCAAUCCGACUGGAGAACCUCAACCAGGUGCACGGCCAGUUCAGUUCCUACGAACCGGAAAUGUUUCCCGGUCUGAUCUACCGCAUGGUUAAGCCACGUAUCGUUCUCCUGAUCUUCGUCAAUGGGAAGGUUGUCUUUACGGGCGCUAAGUCGCGAAAGGACAUCAUGGACUGCCUGGAGGCAAUAUCACCUAUCCUGCUAAGCUUUCGCAAGACGUAGUAGUCUAUUUGCAUCCAGGUGUUACAUACCUUACUUUAAGAUAGUUGUUUGUUCUUUUUUGUACACUUUUGAAUGCUUACAAAAUAGAUUUUUUAGGGAGAAGUUAGACCGGGAAAAUGUCGGUAAAAUUCGGCUAUUUAUUUAUACAUACUCGUGAAACUAAUGACUUGUAUUUUUAAUUAAGAACAAAUUCCAUUUGAAAUGAAGGUUGCAGACGUUGAAAUAUUACAUUCAUUUUAAAAGUUAAUAUCAAAUAAUUUAAGAUAAACUUUGAAUAAAAAAAAACAAAACAAAAA